ACCUGAGAGUGUCUGGUGUCCUGAGGAGACCCAAGGCCGACCACGCAGCCACGCUUCCACCAACCAAGUGCCCCACAAGUGAACAUCAAAACCUGCUUUUGAAUCAAGGGAAUGAUCUGAUCUAUAUUAAUGCUCCAGACAGAAUGGUAAAAGAAGAAGAGACAGAUGUAAUCAGUGAUGAGCAGUAUAAGGAGGACAUUCCUGGAGGGAAAGAUCUGCUCCAUAUUAAUGCUACAGACAUAAAGGAAGAAGAGACAGAUGUGAGCAGUGAUGAGCAGUAUAAGGAGGACAUUCCCACAGGGAAAGAUCUGAACUCUAUUUUUGCUACAGACAUAACGAAAGAAGAAAAGGCAGAUGUGAGCAAUGAUGAGCAAUAUAAGGAGGACAUUCCUACAGGGAAAGAUCUUAACUCUAUUAAUGCUCCAGACAAAAGGGUAAAAGAAGAAGAUGAGACAGAUGUGAGUGGUGAUGAGCAGUAUAUGGAGGACAUUCCUACAAGGAAAGAUCUGAACUAUAUUAAUACUACAGACAUAAAGAAAGAAGAAGAGACAGAUGUGAGCAGUGAUGAGCAGUAUAUGAAGGACAUUCCUUCAGGGAAAGAUCUUAUCUAUGCUACAGACAUAAAGGAAGAAGAAGAGACAGAUGUGAGUGGUGAUGAGCAGUAUAAAAAGGACAUUCCUACAGGGAAAGAUCUUAACUCUAUUAAUACUCCAGACAAAAGGGUAAAAGAAGAAGAGACAUAUGUGAGGGGCAAUCAGCAGUAUAAAGAGGACAUUCCUACAAACAUAAGGGUAAAAGAAGAAGAAGAGACAGAUGUGCGCGGUCAUGAGCAGUAUAUGAAGGACAUUCCUACAGGGAAAGAUCUGAACUAUAUUAAUACUACAGACAUAAAGGAAGAAGAGGAGACAGAUGUGAGCAGUGAUGAACAGUAUAAAGAGGACAUUCCUACAGGUUAUUGUCCAGAUGACUGUACCAGGAGAUCAGAGGAGAAUCUUAUAUCUUCAUAUUAUAAAGCAGAUGAUCAUACCACACAAGAUACACAGAGAAUUCACACAGAGGAGAAACAAUUUUCAUGCCAAGAAUGUGGGAAAUGUUUUAUUUUCAAAUCACAGCUUGAUAGACAUGUGAGAACUCACACAGGGGGGAAGCCAUUUUCAUGUCAAGAAUGUGGGAAACUUUUUACUAUGAAAUCACAUCUUGUUCAACAUCAGAGAAUUCACACUGGGGAGAAGGCAUUUCCAUGUCAAGAAUGUGGGGAAUGUUUUACUAUGAAAUCAUAUCUUGUUGACCAUCAGAGGAUUCACACAGGGGAGAAGCCAUUUCCAUGCCAAGAAUGUGGGAAAUGUUAUAGGCAGAAAGUAAAUCUUAUUCACCAUCAAGAAAUUCACACUGGGGAGAAGAGAUUUUCAUGUUCACAAUGUGGGAAAUGUUUUACUUUGAAAUUAAGGCUUGUUGCACAUCUGAGAGUUCACACAGGAGAGAAGCCUUUUUCAUGCCAAGAAUGUGGGAAAUGUUUUACUGUAAAAUCACACCUUGUUGAACAUCAAAAAACUCACACAGGAGAAAAGCCAUUUUCGUGUCAAGAAUGUGGGAAAUGUUUUUCUAUAAGAAAAAAUCUUCUUGACCAUGAGAGGAUUCACACAGGAGAAAAGCCAUUUCCAUGCUUAGAAUGUGGCAAAUGUUUUAAUCCAAAAUCAGCUCUUGUUAAACAUCAAAAAACUCACACAGGAGAGAAGCCAUUUUCAUGCUCAGAAUGCGAAAAAUGUUUCAGGGAGAGAACAGAUUUGAUUCGCCAUCAAAGAAUUCACACAGGCGAGAAGCCAUUUUCAUGCUUAGAAUGUGGAAAAUGUUUUUCGGAGAAAGGAAAGCUUGUUGAACAUCAUAGAACGCACACAGGGGAGAAACCAUUUCCAUGCUCAGAAUGUGGGAAAUGUUUUUAUCUGAAAUCAAAGCUUGUUGAACAUCAAAAAACUCACACAGGAGAAAAGCCAUUUUUAUGCUCAGAAUGUGGAAAAUGUUUUAGGGAGAGAACAGCUUUUAUUCGCCAUCAAAAAAUUCACACAGGCGAGAAGCCAUUUUCAUGCUCAGAAUGUGGAAAAUGUUUUUUGGAGAAAAGAAAGCUUGUUGAACAUCAUAGAAUUCACACAGGAGAGAAGCCAUUUUCAUGCCAAGAAUGUGGGAAAUGUUUUGCUGUGAAAUCACGUCUCGUUCUACAUCAUAGAACUCACACCGGGGAGAAGCCAUAUUCAUGCUCAGAAUGUGGCAAAUGCUUUACUCAGAAAUCACAUCUUGUUGAACAUCAGAGAAUUCACACACGGAAGAAGCCAUAAUAACCAGAAUGUGGGAAACGUUUUUAUCUACAAAUCACAUCUUCAUAAAUACCAAAGAAUUCAGGCAGUGAAGCAGCCUUAUU